AUGGAAGAAGAAGAGGAUGCGUUUGGAUCUUUGAUAACGUUGUUGGCAUCUUGCCGGCCUGACAUUUUGGGUUCCGGCAAGCGACAAGAGUACGUCGAGGAAGCUACCACGUGUGUCAAGGAGAGUGAUGAGUGUCGAGAGUAUCUGGCAGAGAGAUGUAAAGACCUCGAGUGUUCCUCUCGCCACGCAUACGGACGUACGAUUCCUCUGUACUUGAUCAGUCUCUAUCAGUACAAGGACAUUGCCAAAGAGGAUGCCACAGAACAGCAGCAAGCCACUGUCCAGGGGUUGGUCCGGAAUCUUUGUCGAUUGGUCAAAGCCGCCAUGACAUGUCAUUCACAACAAAAGCAACCUCUCACCCAAUGGAAGUCAUUGCUCCAAACUACAUCAGCAAGACAACAACAACAAUCCACAGAAUCCAAGAGCAGUAGUAGUAGUAUUGUGACAGAGACAAUCUACCAACUGGCCAAGACUGACAAGACGCUCUGGAGUGCGGCCAUUGCAUUGGGAUUUGAUCUAGUACCUCAUGGCACUUCCUCUUAUGAUUGGUCGACUGUAUUCUUUGAACAAGCGUUCAACAGUUCCAGUCUACCCAAACAACUCGAAAUGGAACUAUUAGGACCCUUCCUGGCGUCUGUAGUAUCCCAAAACAAUACUGCCUGGCCCACCGAAUGGAUGGAUACACUGCUGCUCAAAACCAAAGCCAAUCCCGAAGGAGGACUCGGCGCCUUGUUGGGAUUAUUAUUGAUUGGUUCUUCUUCUGCCAAGCCCUUGCCGUGGCAGACACAUGCGGAAUACGUGACACCCGUACUCACCAAACAGUUGCAAUCCCCGAAAGAUGCCAUGCGAGACAUGGCCGCACAAAUUGUUGCGGCAUCCCCACGGCAUGUGCCGUCUUUGGUCAACGUCGUUCUUCCCGCUCUGUUACAAUCCCAAUCGUCCACCGCCACCACGGCCCCGCAACGCCACACGGCCUACACGGUAUGGACGCAAUUGGCGCAAGGAUUGUUGCACGACACGACCAACUUUCCCGUGGAAGGAUUGGAUGCGGUUCUGCUCCAAAAACUAUUGACCCAUCUCACAACCACCUUGUUGGGCAAAGAAGGCAAGACAGCCACCGAAAACAAAGAAGCCGGCAUGACGGCGGUCUGGUAUUGGUGGCGGGUAGCCAAACGACAAAAACUAGGUGACAACAGUAACAAGGCAAUCGAACCGGUGUUGCAACUGAUACAAAAACCAAUCACAACCACCAAAAGUGCCGAAAUCGUGGGACACUUUUUACUCACCAUUACCGAUACGGAUGCGGUGGAAACCAUGGUUACGGAUUUAUUCCACGACGCCAAGAAUAACAAGGCACUCGAAAAGGGAUUGGAUGCCAUUGUUACCGGGGCAUCGGCCAACAAGAAAACCACCACGGCCAGCAUUGACGGAUUGAUUGCCGUCUAUAUGGGGUUGGUCAUGGCAUUGUCAUCGUCAUCCAAGACACCACCGGCUUUUUUGAUCAAGGCAUGGAAGGCAUCGCCCAAUUUUUGUACGGCGGCACAUAUGCUCGAUGCCGUGACAUCCAACAAUGUCACCACGGCGCGGCUCGUACGAUUGCUUCUUCCGCGGGUCUUGGCGCUCGCUGCCAAAUGGACGUCGGACGAAAACAACAACAAGGACGUUCCCUUCAAGAGUCCUCCCGUGGCACGAGCACUGGCGGCGUGUAUUGUCCAUCCCAAUCCAACGAUACCGGGAGAAACUGCCACCGGCAGUAAAAUGGUCGUAUCCGCCACCAUGGCUGGCACGGUACAAACGGUAUUGACGUAUCAACCCAAGGUAGCGAUCGAAUUGGCAGAUGCCUUGUGGAUGCAUGUCAAUGACUGUGGCAAUGAAUUGGAACGGUUGCGCAACGAGUCAUUCUACUCCCGCGAUCAAGAGAAUCUCGCAUCGGAACAAUGGGCCGCCAUGGACGACAAUACCAUUCGACGAGUGGCACCAUUAUUAUUGGUCAGGGGGGCGAAACAAAAAAAGUUGGCACAGGUAUUGAUAUUGAUGCACGUGGGCAGUUCGCUCAAGGAUAACGGUCCGCAACGCCAUCAGCUUCGCAAGAAAACAUUGGACGUGUUGAAAUCACUUGGCGAAAAUGCCGAGUUGUUGUCGUCGUUGGCCACGCACAUUGCGCAAUGUGCAGCACUAGCACAGUUUUCGUGGGGCAAUGACAAUGAGGACGAACCAGUUCCAGUGAGUCAGACGAUGCAUCGUGCGGCACUGAGUCUCAUGGUUUCAUUGGGAUCCAUCGCGUCCGACUUUUUGGUCAAUGAAGACAUGAUGGGCAUGGAAGACGAUGAUGAUGAAGAAGGUGAAAAGAAGGAUCCUGCCGAUAUGAAAGCAUCGGAAAUUGCCAGUAAACUCUGUACAAAGGAAAUCCCAGCACGGCUCGAGGAGCUUUUGGUGGUGGCACGAGAAAAGGUGGAAGACUUGACGGCGGACAAUGUCGACUUGAUGUUGAGCACGAAAGGGACGUUGCACACGGGCAGCCCUGCAGCAUCAUCCUCGGACGCUGCUGGCAAGGCCAUCAAAACGGCCAAGAAAAAAGGCGGCAUGUCCAAGGAGGACGAGGAAUGGGAGGAACAGUUGAAAAAGGAAAUUGCUGCCAAGAAACAGAAAGAAUCGUCGGGACAAUCUUCUGCCGCGCGGCCCUUGACAGCGGACGAGAAAAAGUUGGUGGUACAGCAAGACAAAGAAAGAGAACGUCUUGCGGACAUUGUCUAUGGAGACUUCAACCGGGCGCUGGCGGCAAUCCGCUACCUUGCCAUGUCGGAUAUUGAAGUGGGUAAUGCCUGUUUGCCAAUGGUGUCAGAGGCGGUGCUCGCUUGUGCCGUCAGCAACUGUGCCGCAUUUGGAAUCAUUCGCGAGCUAGGGGACAAUGAGAGAAGAUGGCCACGGAGAGCGCCGACUUUUUUGUCUUUUUCUUGGGCAGGCCAAGGGUAG